AUGAAUAUGCUAGGUACCGACCAACGAAAUCGCUCCCCCGCGUCUAAUUCCCACGUGCAGCCUUCAAAUUCGAGCAUUGGUCCUACAGACACCUCUCAACCAGGGUUCUCUCCUUCGUUAUCGUCUUCACCCAAGAUGUUGGCGGCUGAUGCCCCUAGCACCUUCUUUCAUGACUACUCGGAACAAGAGGCUUCCCCAGCCGCCGCCACCUUCCGCCCCGGAACUGCUCAAACAUACACAAGUGAACCGCUUGACUUGGAUUUCAAUGUUGACCAUCGAAGACCAUCGGUGGCCAGUGCUAUGACAGCCAGUAGCCAAGGGUCUAAAUCAAGUACUGGUGCGCUUUUCAGAAAGAAGCUGCAGGGGUUUUUCGGCGAUGAAUACCAAGGCAACGGAGAUCCGAAGCAUGAUUCCGACAACAAUACCCAGGCUUCGAUCUCGAAGCCGUCCUCGAUCGACUAUUUCCGAGCCCGAGAACGAGCCAACUCAGACGGAUCACGCAACACUGCCGACACCUCACAUGAUAGAAAUCAUCAAAACCACGCCAGACCACGAACUCCUCUUCCUUCAAGUGAAAUCACUCCAUGGCUGUACCAAAGUUUCAACGAUAUACCUCAAUUUGGGGAGGCUCCCGUGCGUCAAGCCCCCACAACCGAAGGGCAACGUGCCGCGGCGUCCCAAAGAGAUCCAACUCGGAGGCAUUUUAGUGGACACCGCCACUCCCGGAGUAAAGAAGAAAAGCCGACUGCUGCCGGCGAUCUUGCUGGUUACCCAGCCCACCCGGCGACCGGGCGAGAUGAUUUAUCUCUUCGACUCCAUCCGUCCAGGGAAGGAAGCCUCAAUUACCCAACCCCGAUGACAUCGACCACCACACUUGGACGUGCCACUAGCCCCACACCUAGCGUCCAGAGCGCCCACGUAAAAGGACACGGACAGAACUCCCCGGGUGCCCAGCCGGGUAAGCGUUCUUUUCUCGACAAGAUACGCCGCCCGAAGCACGGCCAUAUAAAGAACAUUGCGACCGUAAAAGGCGUGCAAGACACCACGAAGGCCGCUGCGUCGAAAUUGGCGCGACGAGAAGCUUCACCCGCCAGACGAGGGAGACAGGGCAGCAUCGAAAGCGCGACAUCUUCUCGGUACAACGAUGGAGAAAGCGAUCGUAAAAGGGACGGGAAAGGGUUGGCCAUCUGCCCCUCCAAGCUGCGCGGCCGGCGAGGUGUGGGCAAUGAGUAUCCGGUGGGCAAAGACCCCAGGUUUUCAGACGAUUCCAACAUGUGGGCUCUUGAUACAGACCUUUCCCAUAUGGAGGGCAUUGUGAACCCGCCAUCCCCAAGUGAACGGGGUCGAAUGCCAGAUGGGGCUCAUGCGCAGGCUGAGGAUCGGGCAAACCGGGAUAAUCUGCCAGCCGGAAACUGGGAUGCGCCGGAGAGUUGGCAUGUCAAAAAGCAAAAAGAUGAUAUAUCGUCCUUACUACCAGAUGACGGCGUCGAGCAACCUGGGCCCACCAUCUCUGAACCCGACGGCGUGGGCUACUUUAUCCGGGUGUUCCGCGCCGAUUCGACCUUCGCCACUCUCUCAGCUGGACUUUAUGCGACUGUCGCUGAUGUGCUCCUUCUACUCGGUCGCAAAUCCUUUCUUACCGACCAUUUGAACAACUACGAGUUAGUGAUGCGGAAGAAUGACCUCUCCAGACAGCUUGGUCCGAGUGAGAUGCCCAUUCUCAUGCAGAAGCGCAUGCUCGAACAAGUAGGCUAUACCGAAAAGGACAAGAUUGAGGAAAUCGGCCGCGAAGACCAUAGUUAUAUUCUUCGCUUCACCUUCCUCCCAGCCCGCAUCAGUGGCUACAGCAGCCUCGAGAGCGAGCCCGUCCUCAACAAAAACCAGAAAUUCAGCCAUGUGGAUCUCUCCAACCGAAGCUUGGUCACCAUUCCGAUUACUCUUUACAAGAAGGCACCUGAAAUCAUCUCUCUGAAUUUGUCAAAGAACCUGUCCCUGGACGUGCCCAAGGAUUUCAUUCAGGGGUGUAUCAACCUGCGGGAGAUUAAAUUUAUUGGAAACGACGCUCUUCGGUUGCCGGCCAGUUUCGGCCUGGCAAGUAGACUGACAUAUCUUGAUAUAUCGAACAAUCGGAUAGAGGAUCUGAGUCAUGCCAAUCUGGAUAGACUGCACGGCCUUGUCAGUAUCAAGAUGGCCAACAACAGGCUCACGGAGCUUCCUGCCUACUUUGGCAACUUCCAAUAUUUGCGGAGUUUGAACAUAUCCUCCAACAACUUCCAGGUGUUCCCGGAGCUGCUCUGUGAUCUCAAGAGUCUCGUCGAUUUGGACAUCAGUUUCAACAACAUUUCUCAGUUACCUAACCUUGGGCGCUUAACUACACUCGAGCGGAUCUGGAUGACGAAUAACAUCGUCCGAGGUUCCCUUGACGAGGUAUUCAGAGGCCUCGAAAAUCUGAAGGAAAUUGACGGGAGGUUCAAUGAAAUCACUAACAUAGACAGCCUGUCUCUCCUUCCGCGCUUGGAGCAGCUUGUCAUUGGUCACAAUGCCAUUUCGAAAUUUAAAGGAUCAUUCCCCAAAUUGCGGACUUUGAUCCUCGACCACUGCCCUAUGACACAGUUCGACAUUGAUGGACCUGUCCCAACAUUAACAUCCCUGAACAUAGCUUCUGCAAAGCUGGUCCAGUUUCGCGACUCGCUCUUUGAGAAUCUUCCGAAUUUGCAGAAGCUGAUCCUUGAUAAGAAUCAUCUGGUAUCAAUGUCUCCGCACAUUGGCAAAUUGCGCAGGCUUGAGCAUUUCAGUAUGAUCAAGAACCCUCUGGCCUCGCUACCCGCCACUAUUGGCUGCCUGACUGAGCUCAAAUACCUUAACCUGAGGGAGUGCAAUCUUAGGCGACUACCACCAGAGAUCUGGCACUGUCUGAGGUUGGAAACUCUGAACGUUUCAUCAAACGUGCUGGAUGGAUUCCCAAAGCAUGGCAGUCCUCAACCCCAGCUCCCAAUUGACGCAUCUGCGACUCCUGCAGCAACUCCGGGUUUGUCGAACAAUCCCAAUUACGAAGAGCUAGGUGCAGUUGAGGAACAGGAAGCACGCCGACCCAGUCAAGCAUCAGGAGCUGGUGUACUGAACACCGGAGGUUCGCCCAAUGGAACAGCUUACCGGAAACCCUCUAUCGCCUCAUCGUUAGGGCAAGGUGGGCGAAAAGUUUCCGCGGCGUCUCGCUCCCUCACUGAUGGAAGUCCUUCGUCCCGCAAAGACUCGAAUUUUUCGCAACAUGUUGCAACAACGUUCGGAGGAUCACUAAGGAACCUGCACUUGGCGGAUAACCGGUUGGAAGACGAUAUAUUUCGAGAACUGGCGCUGAUACCGGAGUUACGUGUUGUAAAUCUCUCAUACAACGAGCUAACGGAGCUUCCCCAAGGGCUGUUGAGACGUUGGCCAUUAUUGACCGAGUUAUACCUUUCAGGUAACGAACUCACGUCUCUUCCGUCCGAUGAUCUUGAAGAAGGCAGCAACCUCAAGGUUCUGCAUAUCAAUGCAAACAGAUUUCAAGUCCUUCCAGCCGAACUCUGCAAAGUCAGCAAGCUCGCAAUUCUGGAUGUUGGAAGCAAUGCUCUCAAGUACAAUGUCUCUAACUGGCCGUAUGACUGGAAUUGGAACUGGAACCGCAAUCUAAAGUACCUCAACUUUUCGGGCAACAAACGGCUGGAAAUCAAACCGCAUGCGUCAUCAUUAGGAACGCCGACCACACCCGGGACCGAUUUGACCGAUUUCAACUCCUUGACGCAUCUCCGCGUUCUUGGCUUGAUGGACGUCACUCUCACGAUCUCUACGAUACCCGAAGAGACAGAAGAUCGUCGUGUCCGAACUUCCGCUUCCCUAGCUGGGUCCCUUGCAUAUGGUAUGGCCGACUUUCUUGGCAAGAGUGAACAUCUCUCUAUCUUCGAUAUGAUCGUUCCUCGACUCAAACCUGAUAAGGUGGAGACAGUGGUGGGCAUGUUCGAUGGUCAAUCCCAGUCAACUGGAGGGUCUAGAAUUGCCAAAUUUUUACACGAAAACUUUAUACACACAUUUUCAUCCGAGCUCAAGCGGAUUAGAACCGAAGAACUGGAGACUCCACUGGAUGCACUCAGACGAGCAUUCCUGACUUUGAAUAAGAACAUGGCAUUUGCGUGUUACAAAUCGAUUGACCAAGAUGUGCGUCAUUACCAGGAAGAUCCUGCGGAUCAGAAAAAAGUGCGGUUGAACAAAGAGGAUGUCCAUUCGGGUGGAGUUGCCACUGUGAUCUACCUGAAUAACAUGGAUCUGUUUGUUGCCAACGUUGGUGAUGCGCAGGCGAUCCUUGUCAAGUCCGAUGGCUCGCUAAAGCAUUUGACCCGAAACCAUGAUCCUGCAGAAUCCCACGAAAGAGCAAGGAUCCGCGCUGCAGGCGGCUUUGUCUCCCGCAAUGGCAAAUUGAAUGACGCCCUUACAGUCUCCAGGUCGUUUGGACAUUUCCAGAUGAUGCCUGCAGUUAUCGCGGCACCUCACACGAUGCAUCUCAAUCUCACGGAGCAGGAUGAGAUGAUCAUCUUGGCGUCAAGAGAGCUGUGGGAUUAUGUGACGCCUGACCUUGUUGUUGACGUCGCCAGAGCUGAACGCAGAGACCUCAUGAUUGCUGCCCAGAAGAUCCGAGACCUGGCCAUUUCAUUUGGAGCCAAUAACAAACUCAUGGUCAUGAUCUUGGGUGUGGGUGACUUGAAGAAGCGGGAGAAGAUACGAUUAAGGCCCAGUCUUUCCAUGGUCGGACCCCCGGAGGAUCAGAUCAUUCCGAGCACGAAGCGUACCAAAAAGCCGCGUGAUGCACCAGGCGACUCCAGACUCGCCCGCUUCGAUUAUGUGGACGCCCCCGUCGGGGAGCUCGCUAUCAUCUUCACCGAUAUCAAGAAGUCCACAAGUCUCUGGGAAACAUGCCCUGAGGCAAUGCGCUCGGCUAUCCAGAUUCACAACGACAUACUUCGUCGACAGCUGGGUAUUAUCGGUGGCUACGAGGUCAAAACGGAAGGUGACGCUUUCAUGGUCGCGUUCUCCACAACGACGGCCGCUUUGCUUUGGUGCUUCAACUGCCAGACGCAGCUUCUGGAGGCGGAGUGGCCAACGGAGAUUCUCGAGCAGCCACAGUGCCAGGUGCAGUACGACAUGGAGAACAACAUCAUCUUCCGCGGAUUGUCAGUCCGAAUGGGUAUACAUUGGGGUGAACCUGUUUGCGAGAAGGACCCAGUGACCAAUCGUAUGGAUUAUUUCGGACCGAUGGUCAACCGUGCUUCGCGUAUAUCCGCCGUCGCAGAUGGUGGUCAGAUCUUUGUGUCUUCGGACUUCAUGAGUGAUAUCCAACGUAACUUGGAGGUAUUUGCUGAUAGCGAACGUGCGGCCUCGACUGGCUCUGAAGAGAGUUAUGCACUUGACAACCUUGGCUAUAAUAUCCGACGCGAGCUUCAGCAACUCAAUAGCCAAGGCUUUGUGAUCAAGGAUCAGGGCGAGCGGAAGCUCAAGGGACUCGAAAAUCCAGAACCGCUCUAUUUGAUCUAUCCCCAUGCUUUGUCUGGGCGAUUGACGACCCUAGACAAGGAUGCGGCCAAUGAGCAUGCGCCAACCACUAUCAGCAAGCACUCGCAGCUUGAAAUUCAGACCGACCUAAUCUGGCGCCUGUGGGAACUUACUCUUCGGCUAGAGAGGCUCUGCGGCGCCUUGGAAUAUCCUGGCGAAGCCCGACUCAAGGAACCAAAUGUGUCCCUGUUUAAUGUUGUCAAGAACCAUGGCGGCGAACUUGCGGAUUCGACCGUAGUCAGCCUAGUGGAACAACAGGUAACGCGUAUCGAGGUUUGCAUCAAUACCCUUUCCGUCCGCCACAUGCUACGACCAUUCAAACCAGGCGAUCAACUUAACGACCACGCCGCACCUAUCUCGGAAGUGAUGCAAGAAUUGCAAAACCAGCUUGCCGAGUACCGUACUCUCAAGGAACAAUUAGCUGUCAGUGCUGGCACUACAACAAGCUACAGAUGA